AUGGCUUCCAAAGAGCCACGCAUCCUGCCGUCAGAUAUCAUGGAGUCUCAAUUGGCCACAAUCGAUCUCCUGGCGGCCAUGUUUCCAUCUCCAGGAGAGUUGGAAAUCCCAGAAUCCACAACGCAGUGUGUUGAGAAAUUGCGAGAAUGGUGUGAAGAUCUGACAUCCGUGCCCGCAAAUAUUCCUUCAAGUCUGUAUCUUCUUGUAUGUCUACCAAUAGCAGAUGGAGAUAAAAACAUUCAAAUCAACGUCUCCAUCCCACUACAAUGCGACGACUCAGAUACCAUUGAACAACCACCACCCUUGGGAUAUUCGCUUCGACAACCAGAAUGGAUGUCUAAAGCCGAGGUAGCAGAAGUCGCAACUUCAAUACCGGAGGGUGAUGCUCUAGAGGCAUUUGAAUACUUCCAGACAGAAGCCAGUCGCUUUCUUGAAAUCAAGCAGAGUCAGGCUGUGUUCUCAGAAAAUAACGGCCCGGGUGGCCCGAUCGUGAGAGUCUGGUUUUAUUUCCCAUCUCUGUCGACUCGCAAGAAGAGAGAUGAUCUGGUAAACCUUGCACCAGGAUAUUCUCUCACGGGCUUUGUGCUGGCUGGCAAGCCGGGCGUGUUAUGUCUUGAGGGUGCAUCGUCUGAUGUUGAUUCCUAUAUGAGCUUUAUAAAGACAAAUUCUUGGGGUGAUAUCCCCAGCCACCAGAAGAAAGUUAGUGAGAGGUUUCGUGAGACAGAGGGGAUACAGAGAGUAUUUUCUGGAAUGGAGGAGAUAACGAAUUCGCUAGGGGAACGAGGUGGGCAGCGGGCCAAUCGGGGUGAUAUGCAAGCACUGGAGGCGUGGUUAGGAUCCAGAGGACUGCAAGAAGCGUUUGAAAAGGUCAUCUUUUAG